AUGAACUCCUCUUCUUCCUACCAUUCACGUCGUCAGACGGGCUAUCCUGAGGCGUCAAAAGAUUAUUCUGCACGCCCGUCUGUUCGCUGUCGCGCCGUCUCUGUAGACCCCUUUCGUUCCUCUUUCCCUCCAGUUCAUCGAAAUGACUUGAAUUUCCCGGUUUCAAGCGGCUGUUGCCAAUCUUCGGCUCUGCUGCAUCGCCACCCCAUUUCCUACCGUGGCUCGUCGUACUGCUAUUCUCCAGCUAGUGCGAUGUCCAGUCGCUCUCCAUUCUUACCUCCAUCAUCAGCUUCCGCAUCCGGCUCCCGCUAUCGCACUACCGAACGCGCCGCCUUAACAUCUUUCGGUGCCUCUCUGCCCCGCUCCAGUUCCCUCUCCAAGUUCACUCCUUCGCUACCACCUCAUGCGCCUCAUACUUUUCCCUACAAUGAGCCCAGGUCGUUUAACAAUUAUUUUGCCGAUUACUCAAACAACCACCAUUGCAACCAUUCUUGCAACCUAUCGUCAUCCCAAUUGCUACGGCGGACUGAGUCACCUAUCAAGCGUGCAAACUACGAAGUGGCAAAAAACUUCUCCCAUUUGUCUGUGCGUCCGUCAUCUGAUCUCAGUGGUAUUGACGCAGACUUUCGAUCAUCGCCCUAUCCUUUAGGUCGCAACACUCAAAGGGUAAACGAACGCAUUGAAGAUAGAGCUGAGCUUUGCCCACGGCGGGUGCAUCGAGUGGAUGUGGAGUCUGGAAAUGAGAAAAUACCAAAAGUGAAAACUACAACAACAGUGGUGCCGGCUGAUCGCGACAUAUCGGAUACCCGGGGUGGCAGAGCAGUGUCAGUGACUGUAGAAACGCAGCCCGUUUCGCGUUCGAGUAGCGGUCGUAGCACCUCGCCUGCUGACGCCAACGUUAACAACACAACCUCUCCAACCUCCUCCGCCUCCACUUCCUCUGAUGCCUACAGACGUAAGUCCUCUGGUCUCCAUGGUGGUCGUGCCGUCAACACCACUACCUCCUCUGCUGCCUCCAUAUCUUCCUCCUCCAACGCUGUUGGCGCCAACUUCUCUUCGGUUUCUCCCACUUCUACGGCUGGUUUAGUUGGACUCAGCAACCUUGGAAAUACGUGUUUCAUGAAUUCUGUUAUCCAAUGCCUCAGCAAUACUCGGGAUCUGCUUCACGUCUGUUUGGACUACGUCUAUCAGUCCGAGUUGAACGUUAAUAGCAGCAUGAAGGGCAAUCUCUUUACAGCCUACGCGGAUUUGAUGCGACAGAUGUGGACGCCGUCUAGUUCCACCAUCACUUAUGUCAGUCCCCAGCGCUUCAGGUCACAAGUGCAAAAGUUCGCACCGCGUUUCAUGGGCUAUGCUCAGCAAGAUGCUCAGGAAUUUCUCCGCUACCUCGUUCAGGGCCUUCACGAGGAUGUCAACCGCGUGACCAAGCGCCCACCCUCAGAAAUUCCUGACUACGACAAGGAGGAUCGAAUGCCAGACUCGAAGAAGGCAGCACUUUACUGGCAGCGCUACAAGCGAAUUGACGACAGCAUCAUUGCUGAUCUCUUCCUCGGUCAGUUGAUGAGUACGUUGGAGUGCAUGUCGUGCGGCCACAAAUCGACCACUUUCGAUCCCUUUUGGGAUCUCAGUCUUCCUAUUCCUCGGGGUAGCGAGGUGGACAUUCACAACUGUUUCCAUCUCUUCACCUCUAGUGAGAUCCUGGACGGUGCUGAACAACCAACUUGCAGUGGAUGCAAACGCCGACAACCGUGUCGCAAAAGUUUCUCCAUUCAACGCUUUCCCACUAUCCUAGUGAUUCACUUCAAACGCUUCUCUGGGGAAAGAUCGCGCUCCAAGCUCACCACAUUCAUCGACUACCCCAUCGAACACCUCGACCUCAAUCGCUACGCUGCGCAAUGUUCUCCCGAGACGAAUGCUUCCUACCGUCUCUACGCGGUGUCGAACCACAGUGGAAGUGUAUUCGGUGGCCACUACACUGCCUCUUGUUUGCAUCCCAAACUCGGUACAUGGUUUGAAUUCAACGACACUAGGUGA